AUGAGGUCGUACGACGGUGAAAGUAGUUCCACGGAAGAUGAUGAUAGAAGAGAGGGUCUUCCUGAGGCGCAUUUGCAACAAGGAUCUUGGCAGCGUUCAGCAUCGCAUCCCACAUGGGCCUGGGAGCACCGUACUGCUCACCCACUUCCACCACAGUCCACGGCAUCGCUCGAGUCUAUGUAUUCUGUGCCAGGAGCAUCACACGCAAGUGUUUCCGCUCCUCCAGCUGGCUAUUCGUCGGAACACCCUCAGAGCGCACCUGGGAGAAGGACUCCCUUGGGUGCUGUUGGUCUCGGCGGUUUCUAUUUCCAACAACAACCUCAGCCUCACACUUCGUCUAGCGCUCUCUCCGAUGAAAAUAGACCCGAUCAAGAAAGACCAGGAGCGUCGAGAUUAAACUGCCCGCCAAAGUCGAAAACAACACGUCAGGGGAAAAGUAUGCGAUUAAAUAUCAACGCGAGAUCUGUAAUUCCGUACGCCCAUAGUCCGUCCGUGAGAAAACUCUCGAAGAUUGCCACUCUACUCCUGGCGAAGAACUACAUUCUCAUGCAAGGAAACGCUUUGGAGGAACUGAGACGAGUGAUAGCGGUUCUACAGUCGCCUCACGCUCACACCACCGCCCUGCCACCCACACCUGUUUCCUACGAUCUGUUGCAUGGUUUCCCAGGCAAAUUGUUCCAAGGUGUGCAGGAUGUGCCAGGACUUCAUACGGCCGAUCCACAGAGCGUCACAGCGGGCGGCCCUCCGACGGAUGGCACAGUAGCCAGCGGAGAAUCGAACUGA